AUGUCGAAAAUACUCGGACGUCUAUUUGAAAGAAACUCCAUUUUUGUUGCUACAAUUUUUGCUGGUGCUUUUGCUUUCCAGGGCUUUUUCGAUGUUGCUAUAAAUAAAUGGUGGGAUGCCCACAACCACAACAAAUUAUGGUCGAAUGUCAAAACCAAGUUCAUAGAGGGUGGUGCUGAAGAAGACGACGAUGACGAGUAA